ACCUACAACACAGUUGUUACUUCUGACUGGGCCCCUCCGAAGAAGAAAAAGGAACACAUGCAGAAAUCCCUUUCUUCUCUCAGAUCCACAGCUGAGCGCUGAAACGAAAAGUAGCCCAGGCUGUAUCGAAGCAGGCGACUCCUCGGAAACUUUUAUUCACACUUGAGGAUUUCAGCUGAAGUUGUUUUGUUUGUUUUUGGUGGGAGAUCAUGAACGGAUGUCGGGAGAAUGGAAUUGUUUCUCUGUCACGUUUAAUGAAUCAACCCUGAUGGAGUGGUUAAAGUUGGAGGUGGUGUUCUUGACCUGGUCUGUGGUUCUUAUUGAUCCAUCCAUGUUAGUGAUCGGGCAGUGAGUGUAGGCCUAUCGAUCAGCGCUGACAUGGAUCUUCAGGUGAUUGUUUGGCUCUUCUACUGUCUUCUCCUGCCCACCUCGCUGUUGACAGCUUGUCUUCUUCGCUACAAUGUCCUGUCCCUGGUUUACUUUCUCUACCUGCUUCUGCUGCCAUGGUUACUGUGUCCAAACAAACACACAAUCAAAGGUCACACUGGUCGGUUUGUCAAAGUGGUAUUCUGUACCAGUGUCCUAUUUGUACUGGCUCAUAUCUGCUUCCAGACGGUACUGUACACCUAUCCUCCUCUCAACAUAGCGAUAGGUGAAAACUGUUCACGAUGGGACACUAUUUCCAGACAUAUAGGACUGUCCAGGCUUCCCUUGGAAGAUCCUUGGAAUGUGUUACGUCUUCUGUGUCCUGACCUGGGUGUGUGUGUGGUUACAUUCGUUACAAUGAUCCUCUGCAGCAGAUUGGUCAGGAACAGAGAAAUGGUAGCUGCUGCCAACAUUACGUCACUAGAUGAUGAUGUAACAGGUAACAGUACAGAUGAUGAAGUGGCAGAUGUGGAGGAGGAAGAGGCAUCAGAAGAAGAAGAUGAGGAAGAGAAAGAGAGGUCAUUACCUGGAGACCCUGAUGAGGAAGUUUCCCCAGUAACCAGAGCAAAGCAACUGGCUGAGCGUCUGAAGGCCACAGCACCCAAAGUUCUGCGGGACAUGGGGAGAGUCUUGGCUGUCAGCCUUCUGGCUUUAGCUGGCAUCACACUGCCCUCUGCCUUCUCAGCUAUCUACUUCCUGCUUUUCAUUGGUGUGUGCACAUGGUGGUCGUGCCAUCUUCCUAUCAGUCACCUGGGCUUUAAUGCGCUGUGUGUAAUGGUGGGCUUCUUCACAUCGGGGCACAUGCUUUGCCUAUACUUGUACCAGAGUCUGCUUUCUCAGGCCUUGUUCCCUCCACACACCCUUUGGGCAAGACUCUUUGGUCUGAAGGACAUCAUCAUACCAGGAAACUGCUCCUCGCCCAAUGACCUCAACCUUAACGCUGAUCAUGAUUGGCCGGUUUAUGUCAACCCUGGAAUACUAUUCCUUCUCUACAUUACUGUUGCAACUGUUCUGAAAACAGGAUGCCAUGGAGCACCAAACCAGCAGAUUGGGGAGAAGAAAAUGGAGGAGAAAAGCAGUGUGUUAAAGAAGGAGGAGGAGGAGGAGGAGGUCGAGAUCAUGCUUCUGCCUAUGGGAACAGAAAGCAGCGGAGGAGGAACGGCUACAGGAGAUAGCCAACAAGAUCUGGGUGAUAGUGGCCCCACCGUUGGCCAACAGAGUGAAAGUCCAUUUUUCCUGCUGGGAAAGGUGGUCAUGCAGCAGAGCUAUGUCUGUGCUCUCAUAGCUAUGAUGGUUUGGAGUAUAACGUAUCAUAACUGGCUGACGUUUGUGCUGCUGCUAUGGGCUUGUCUCAUCUGGAUUCUGCGUGCCAGACGACAUGCAGCCACACUGUGCUCUCCAUUCAUCCUGCUCUAUGGCCUGGCUCUAUGCUGCCUGCAGUAUGUCUGGGCUAUGGAGCUUGAGCCUGAACUGCCAACCACAGUGGGAACUAUGAGCCUCAGCCAGUUAGGACUAGACAGACCCCAGUACCCAUGUCUAAGGCUGGGAGCUAUGCUGCUGUUUACGUUAACAUUCUGGCUGUUGGUACGUCAGUCAGUGAAAGAAAACUUCAGUUUGAAGAGAAAAAUGGCAACACCCCUACAGGAAGUCACUACAGGAGAAGAGAGCGCUGCUAAUGACUCAGUGCUAAAGGUUGCGGGAGGUAUGGUGAUGAGCUGUUAUGCCAAAUACUGGAUCUAUGUGUGUGGAGGGAUGUUCAUCAUGGUUUCCUUUGCUGGCAAACUUGUUGGAUACAAGAUCAUCUAUAUGCUGCUGUUCCUUCUCUGCCUCUGUCUAUAUCAGGUAUACUAUUCUUUAUGGAGGCGUCUGUUGAAGCUCUUCUGGUGGCUAGUUGUGGCCUACACCAUGCUGGUGCUGAUCUCCAUCUACACUUAUCAGUUUGAAGACUUCCCUGGAUACUGGAGAAACUUCACUGGUUUCACAGAAGAGCAGUUAGCAGCAAUUGGUCUGGAGACAUUUGCUCUGUCUGAACUCUUCACCAGUAUUUUGAUCCCUGGCUUCUUCCUGUUGGCCUGCAUUCUGCAGCUUCACUACUUUCACAAACCCUUCAUGAGAAUUACUGACCUGGAUCAUGUUACACCAAUACACAAGAAGAAGAACGGCCAGAGAAUGGAGCAACUUGGCUCCAGUAAUGUGGGGUUAAACUCUGAAGAGGAAGACCUGGUGACAAACAUUGAUGAGGAAUCUGAAGAGGAAGUGGACUUGUUGCCCAGUAAGUGGGGUCUGGUGAUGGACAGGUUACUGGUUCUGUCCAGAAAGUUCUCAGACAAUCUCACGAAAGUUCAAGUGUUUCUGUGGAGGCUUCUGGAGCUCCACAUCCUCAAGAUGGUGGCCUUCUUCUCUGUGUGGGUUGCAGUUGAAGAGCCAUCUGUAAUGAACCUGGUCCUGGUAGUGUUGUGGUCUCUGGCAAUGCCUUACAGUCGAUUUGGGCCUAUGGCUUCCUGCCUGUCUACAGUCUGGGUUUGUGUCAUCAUCGUGUGUAAGAUGUUGUACCAGCUCAGUGUUGUCAACCCUGUUGAGUACUCCAGUAACUGUGACAAGCCUCUAACAAAUGCAACCAACCUGUUACCAGAGGAGAUGAACAAUUCCUCUCUCUAUAAGGAGCCAGUGGAUCCAGCCAACUGGUUUGGAAUAAGGAAAGAUGCCACUGUACUGGGUUACAGCAAGAACCAUUUGAUCGUUCUGGUGUUGUUGGUGUUUGAGGCGACAGUGUAUCGUCAUCAGACUCACCACUACCGUCAGAUCCAACAAUCUCCACCCAUCAUCCCUGCUCUGUUCCCGAAAGCCACCAGGGACACUCUGGACCAGGGACUUAUACCCUGCUUCAAGUACCUGCUCAACUACGGUUUCUACAAAUUUGGAUUAGAGAUUUGCUUCCUGAUGACGGUGAAUGUGAUUGGCCAGAGGAUGAACUUCUUGGUGAUAAUCCAUGGCUGUUGGUUGGUAGCCAUCUUGGUAAGGCGACAGCGGGCUGCUAUUGCAAGGAUCUGGCCCAGAUAUUGUCUUUUUCUAUCCAUCUUCAUGAUCUUCCAGUUUCUACUGUGCGUUGGCAUACCACCUGCUCUCUGUAUGGACUACCCAUGGCGAUGGAACACUCCCGUGCUUAUGAACUCAGCCCUUAUAAAAUGGAUCUAUCUGCCUGACUUCUAUACUGUGCCUAACGCCAGAAAUCUCAUAGCGGACUUUGUGCUGCUGAUGUGUGCAUCUCAGCAGUGGAAGGUGUUUGAGGUUGAGCACACAGAGGACUGGAUGGUUCAGGCAGGAGAGAACACAGAUGACCCUGAACCAAUGGAAGGUCGACCGUUUAACCCUGCACCCAACUUCAUCAACUGCAGGAGUUACCUGGACAUGGCUAAAGUCCUGGUAUUUCGUCACCUUUUCUGGUUGGUGCUGUCAGUGGUUUUUAUCACUGGAGCCACCAGGAUCUCUGUGUUUGGGCUCGGCUACCUACUCGCCUGCUUCUUUUUUCUGCUGUUUGGGACCCAGCUGUUUGUCAAACCAUCCAGAACCCGCCUGGUUCUGUGGGACUGUCUCAUCAUCUAUAAUGUGGCAGUCAUUGUAUCUAAAAAUAUGUUAUCAAUCCUUGCGUGUGUAUUUGUGUUUGAGAUGCAGAAAGGCUUCUGUUGGGUUAUUCAGCUCUUCAGCCUGGUUUGCACUGUCAAAGGAUACUAUGACCCAAAAGCAGUGAGUGACAAGACUUGCACCCUCCCAGUGGAAGAGGCUGGUAUUAUCUGGGACAGCAUCUGUUUUCUCUGUCUGUUGCUGCAGAGGAGGGUCUUUCUCAGUUUCUACUUCCUGCAUGUGGUGGCAGAGAUGCAGGCCUCUGCCAAACAGGCCUCGAGGGGGUUUGAGCUUUUUAAAACCAGCAUUGUGAAGAAUAUUAGGUUCCACCAGCAAGCUGAGAGAAAAUCCUUGUCACAGCUCAAGAGAUCAAUGCAGAGAAUACGCUCAAAGCAGCAGAAGUACAGAGACGGACACAAAACCAGUGAGGAAUCUGAAAAGAAUCCGACUGCUGAGAUCAAAACAGACAAGAAGAAGUCCAGAAAGAAAAAGUGGCAUCAGCCGUGGCUGGACCAUGCUACAGUGCUCCACUCAGGAGAGUACUACCUGUUUGAAUCAGACAGUGAAGAUGAAGAUGAUCUACAGUCUGAAGAACAGAAGCCUCAGAAACAGACUGCCUGUCAGUUGGCAUACCAAGCAUGGGUGGCCAGUGUCAAAACAGCUUUAAGGGAGCGCCAGAAGCGCCAGAGACAGUUAAAGGGGAUUGAACGAAAGACGGAAGAGAGAGAAGGAGUCGUCGAUUCACAGCAGGAGGCUUUCUCUGUCAUAGGUUGUGGAGACAACGAUGUGUUUGAGGAUCUUAUCAAUCAGGAGGAGGACGAGCCAGAGGAACAAGAGUCUAGUCAUGGCGAGAUGGUUCAGAGAAUAUUGGAUAUCCUGCGCUUUUUAUGGGCCAUUAUUCUGGCCAUGCUGGAUGGACUGACUCAGUGGCUCAAUCUUCUGACAAAACAGUACAGAGACACAUCCACUGUUCUGUGCAAUGAACGUUACUUCAUCAUUCACAAGAUACAGCAGAAUCUUAACACAGCAUACUCCACAGAGGACCAGGUAUCUCAGGAAAGCGAGAAUCUAACACUGGAGACCUGUUUGGAUGAAACUGAUGCAGAAUACUCAAAAUACAGUUGCGUGGAGGAGGAUAACAAGGGUUUGACGGGACAUUCUACCUCCAGGGAAAGGCUCAACAGCACCGGGACCCUCUUGAGUCCAGAGCCACUGUCCAGUAGUGCAGAGCUGUUGCCAUUGACGCCGAAACAACAGAGACACUCAAGAACUGCAAGUGAACUGCUGGGAGAGAGGGGGUUCUACAUUGAGGAGCUGGAGCAGAGCAGAGAGUUCUAUACAGGCCAGAACCGUCUGCUGAAGCUGCUGUUUUCCUUGUACCAUCUGCUUGCAGCCAACUCAGAGCUAGUCUGCUAUUUCAUCAUUGUAUUGAACAAUGGGGUCAGUGCCUCUGUGAUAUCACUGGCCCUGCCCAUACUAGUGUUCCUAUGGGCUAUGUUGUCUGUUCCAAGACCUACCAAGAGGUUUUGGAUGACUGCUAUAGUGUACACAGAGGUGAUGGUGGUUGUGAAAUACCUUUUCCAAUUUGGAUUCUUUCCCUGGAACAGUGUGUAUGAGAUAAACCUAAAUGAGGACAAACCUUUCUUCCCACCUUGCAUCCUGGGCCUUGAGAAAACGGACAACUACAUCAAAUAUGAUCUUCUUCAGCUGCUGGCUCUGUUCUUUCACAGAUCUCUACUCAUGCGUUACGGCCUCUGGGACCACGAGGGCCCCUUAGCGGAGCAAAAUGCCCAAGAAGAAAGUUGUAAUGAAGAAAAUAAAAAUAAACAAGAAGAUGAAGGGAAGGAGGGAGAAGGAGAAGAGAAAGAAUUGAAAGGCAGAGUUAGCUCAACAAUCAGCCUAGAUUACCCGGAAAGUACCGGAGAUGAUCGACUCGAAAAGGAUAUUGUGGACAAGGUUAAAUCAAGAACCAGCUCUCCUGCCCCACAACAACCUGCUGAACCAGAACCUACUGAGUCAAACGAUGAACCGGAAACUUUGUCUGGGCUGAGGGACAUAUUGACUUUUCCGAGCAGGCCUUGGGAGAGUAAGAUGGAGGAAGGCAAUGAGCAGCUUUUGGAGGAAGACCCCCCCAAAAAAAGAAGUAUCCGCUUACGCAAGAAAAUGAAACAGCCCAAAACAGAGCAGAACAAAGUGGAACCCACAGCUGAUACCGAUGUACCCAGUGAAGAACCUGUGAAGAAGAAGCAGAAAAGGAAGCGGGCAGAGGUAGCCAGUCAGAGGCUGUUGGCUAUAGGACAAAAGAUAAAACAUGUGGUUAUCUCUGGUAUUCAGAGAGUUUAUGGGCCGGUUCAGUGUUUCUUCAGUGGUAUUCUCCACCCUGAAUAUCGGGCUGCCACGGAUGUCUAUGCUCUCAUGUUUUUGACCGAUGUCAUCGACUUCAUAAUCAUCGUCUUUGGCUUUUGGGCAUUUGGGAAACACAGUGCAGCAGCUGAUAUAGCCUCCACCCUGUCCGAGGACCAGGUUCCUGAGGCCUUCCUGGUUAUGCUGCUUAUCCAGUUCAGCACAAUGAUCAUCGACAGAGCUUUGUACCUGCGCAAGGCUGUCUUCGGAAAACUCAUCUUCCAGGUGACUCUUGUGUUUGGGAUCCACCUCUGGAUGUUCUUCAUCCUGCCUGCUGUCACUGAAAGGAAGUUCAAUCAGAACUUUGUGGCCCAGCUCUGGUACUUUGUCAAGUGCAUUUACUUUGGCCUGUCCGCCUAUCAGAUCCGCUGUGGAUACCCAACUCGUAUCCUUGGCAACUUCCUCACUAAGAAAUACAACCACCUCAACCUGUUCCUCUUCCAAGGGUUUCGUCUGGUGCCGUUCCUAGUGGAGCUGCGAGCAGUGAUGGACUGGGUGUGGACUGACACCACUCUCUCUCUGUCAAACUGGAUGUGUGUUGAAGACAUUUAUGCCAACACCUUCAUUAUUAAAUGCAGUCGUGAGACCGAGAAGAAAUACCCACAGCCUAAGGGGCAGAAGAAGAAAAAGAUAGUGAAAUACGGCAUGGGUGGACUCAUCAUCUUCUUCUUGAUUUGCAUAAUAUGGUUUCCGCUUCUCUUCAUUUCAUUGGUCAGAUCAGUGGUGGGUGUGGUCAACCACCCCAUCGAUGUCACAGUGACUGUAAAACUAGGAGGAUAUGAGCCUCUGUUUACCAUGAGUGUGCAGCAACAAUCUAUCCAGCCCUUCACAAAGGCUGAAUAUGACCUGCUCACCGGAAAGUUUGGAGAAAAUGCGGUAGCCAUGCAGUUCAUCACUCUCUACAGUUAUGAGGACAUUGUGACAGCCAUGAUUGAAGGCAGUUCAGGAUCAGUAUGGAGAAUAAGCCCGCCCAGCAGACAUGAAGUUAUUAAAGAACUCCUUGAAAGUCCUGUGGACCUUACAUUACGUCUGGCCUGGAAUUUCCAGAGGGACCUGGGUAAAGGCGGGACUGUGGAACAUACCUUUGACAAACACUCUAUAAACCUGGAACCUGGGAACCCAGUCAGAGCAGAUCUGGCCUCACUACUUGUCGGCAAUCGCUCAGAGCCUGUGCAUGUUCCUAAUAUAUUUCCCAACUACAUCAGAGCCCCUAAUGGAGCUGAGGCUAAACCAGUUAGUCAACUGCAUAAAGGUAAUGAAGAUGGUUACCUGAAUAUAACUCUGUCCCUGAUGAGUGACAAGUCACUGAACAGCAGCGGAAACCAGGAGUGGUGGGACAUUGCCAUUGCAGGCUGUGUCUCCUCCUCAUGUGGUGUUCUACCCAUGAUCAUAUUCAAUGACAAAGUCAGUCCACCCAGCCUGGGCUUUUUGGCUGGAUAUGGGAUCAUGGGUCUGUACGUGUCUGUGGUUUUAGUCAUUGGAAAGUUUGUACGUGGCUUCUUCAGUGAGAUCUCCCACUCCAUCAUGUUUGAAGAGUUACCAUGUGUGGAUCGCAUCCUGAAGCUCUGCACAGACAUCUUCCUGGUGCGAGAGACAGGCGAACUGGAGCUGGAAGAGGAACUUUACUCCAAAUUGAUCUUCCUCUAUAGAUCUCCAGAGACCAUGAUUAAAUGGACAAGGGACAUCCACAGCCGAGAUCAAGACAGAUACUGACUGUCUGAAAAAAGAAUGUCUUUUUGAUGGAUGAAGUACACUGCAAAGAUGUCUAGGAGAAAGCACAAAGACAACUUCUUCACAACAACUUUUACAAAACUAGUCAUUGACUAACAGCAAUGGAAGUACAUUAAAUGUGUCUCUGCUAAUGUUUGAAACAUUUCCUGUUGCUGGACACCUGUUGCUGGGCUGUUGCUGCAUGUUCACAGCUGCAUUAGCACCUUACACUAAAGACUAUUGAGAGUGGAUUUUCAGUCUCCCUGGCCAGACUGCGGCCAGAUAUCUGUCUUGAAGGAUGUCAUGGACGGUGAAAUCAGCCAUCAAAGUGAUAUGUAGCUGUUAAUGGACAGAGGGCUGAGGUCAAAAACUAGAGGCACUUUUUUAUCCCAUGCCAGAAACUUGUAACUUAUUCUAGGUAGAACUGUCUCCAAUUAUAGUAUACUGAUAGAUUUCAAAACAUGACAUGCUGUCAAUUAAACAUUGCAAUGGUUUAAAAAUAACUAUACAUGGAAAACGGACAAUUAUGAAGCACCCAUGUUCUUUUUGAUUUCACACCAUGAAUCAUGGCUUGAAAAAACGGUUUUGGCAUAGAAGUGUAUUUGUUGUUUAAUUUACUUUAUCAGUUCUUUCUUUUUUCUUUUGGAAUACAAGUUGCUUUUAAAGUUUCUACUGGCAACCUUCUGGUUAUACCUUCAUAAACAUCAACACAAUCUCACAACUGAAACUAAAACAUAUUGGAAACAUCAAGUUGCUACUUCAGUCAUAGUGACCGUCACUCUCAGAAAACAUAUUUUUUGAAUGUGUCAGGUAAAAUGUUGUGAAGGAACAAUGGCCAUAUUUGACCAUAAAAAAUGGUUUAAAUGCUGGUUCUGUAUCUAAUAAAUCUAUGCAUCGAGGGGUCUGGUCCAAGGCUGCUUGACAAAUAUACACUGGUUAUAAAGUGAACAUUGAUUACAUAAUUCAUGACUUGGCUGAUAGGCUGAACUCUUAAAUUAAACUGCUCUUGCUUUCCCUUGAGCCCUUGUCCUCUGAGAAUGAAUUUAUUUUCUUAUGUUUAGUUUCAUGUUAAGGCCUGUUUUUAGCUCUCAGCAGGACUACAUGAAAUGAAGAAAUAUAAAAUAUUCAACUAA